ACCCCGGGCGCGCAGGACGCGGCGCGCAGUCCCGCCCGGCCCGGCCCUGCCCUGCCCUGCCCUGCCCCGCGCGGGCGGCGCGAUGUGAGGCGCCCGAGGGCCCGAGCGUCCCCUGGCUCGCCAGCUCCGCGCAGCGCCGGCACCAGCAUGCGCUAGGAACGUUUUGUGCUGAUUGAAGGCGAGACCAGCAGUCACCUCAUCUCUGUGUCUCCCAGCCCAGUGCCUGGCACAAACCCUUGUGUAGGCACCAGGCUCCAGGACAAGAUGGCGGCCAAGCAGCCCCCACCUCUCAUGAAGAAGCACAGCCAGACGGACCUCGUGAGCCGCCUGAAGACCCGCAAGAUCCUCGGCGUGGGCGGGGAGGACGACGACGGGGAGGUACACCGCUCCAAGAUCAGCCAGGUCUUGGGCAAUGAAAUCAAGUUUGCUGUUCGGGAGCCUUUGGGGCUGAGGGUUUGGCAGUUUGCUUCUGCUGUGCUCUUCUCCGGCAUUGCCAUCAUGGCCCUCGCCUUCCCUGACCAGCUCUAUGAUGCCGUCUUUGAUGGAGCCCAGGUGACCAGCAAGACCCCCAUCCGCCUCUACGGUGGUGCGCUCCUCAGCAUCUCCCUGAUCAUGUGGAACGCUCUCUACACGGCCGAGAAGGUUAUCAUCCGAUGGACUCUGCUCACCGAAGCCUGUUACUUUGGGGUCCAGUUCUUGGUGGUCACUGCCACGCUAGCUGAGACGGGCCUCGUGUCCCUGGGGAUCCUGCUGCUUCUGGCCAGCCGCCUCCUUUUUGUCGCCAUCAGCGUUUACUACUAUUACCAAGUCGGCCGAAAACCCAAGAAGGUCUAGCCACUCGCUGGGCCAGGGGCCCCUGUGGAGCAGGGAGGCCCCGGGACCUCCGUUUCCCUCUGGCUCCUGGAGGGCAGGAAGGACCCCACUCGCCUUCCUUUCCUCCUGGGCACCCCCAAAUGCUGUGAUCUCCUGGACUUUCAGGUUUGGGGAGGGACAGAGCCUCGGCACCUCUGCCCUUCGCCCCACACAGCACCGCCUCCUUUUCUUGGCUCUCUUGGCCUCCGGAUCCCCUGGAUAGACACUGACUGAAGAGCUUGAGUCAUGGGGUAUUGGGCUAAGGCGAGGCUCCUGCCCCUUCUGCCAGGAGGCCCUUCUUUGGUUUGAGAGAGGUGUGCCCUGCUUCCCCGUCCUCCCCCCACCCCCACCCAAUCUAGUGCCCACACAGCUGAACGUGGCCUCUGUGUAUGCCUGGGAAAUCUGACCGCUUGACCCUGUGCCUGUACUCGGCGUGGGCCCUCGCCACCUGUGGGAGCUGCCGUCGGCCCCGUCGGCGCACGUCCCGGCCCUUCGCACAGCCCAGCUGUGGGGCUGACAGGCCGGGAUGGCUGUCUUUGAGCUGGUACCUCCCUCUUCAGCCUCUCUGUGAGGCGGGCCACCUGUAGCCAGAGCCCGUCCCCAGCCCAAGCCCGGCCACCACAGGCUCUGUCCUAGGACCUUGCUCUAGGCUGUUCUGCCUCCAGCCCAGCCCCUGGAGGCUCCCAGGAGCCGCCUCCCCGCAGCUGGCCUGGGUCCAGAGGCCACCAGCAGCCUCCCUCCCCCCCAGGCCGGCCCUGGCAGUGGGCACAGAGCGAACCCUGUGGAGGCUCCUGUGAGUGAUGGGGUUUGGAGAUGAGGAAGAAAGAGAAGCAGCGGCAUUUCCUGGUCCCUUGGUAUGUCCUUCAGGGUCUGCUGUCCGCUUGGCUCAGCCCCCUCACCUACCCUCACCCUCUCCCCAGGGUGCUGCCCCGAGACCCGGCGGGCUAGGACUGGGUGCCCUUCCAACUCAGCACAGGAAAUAAAUAGAAAUAUCUCAGCAGGCCUCGCUCACGUCCCCCACCCCACGAGCGGCUCCCUCAGAGCUGAAGCCCCCCCGCCGUCCCGCCGCGCCCUUCCCGGCCCGUGGGCCCCCGUUGUCUGUCACUCCCCAUGCUCCCCUUCCCUCUGGGACACAAGCGUGUGCCCCAGGCGUGGUGGCCCUCAUGUUCUGGGGACAGGUGUGGAGAAAGGCAGCCCGGGCCCCGCACUUGCUUCUCGUCUUGGAAUCGAGUGUGUUCGGUGGGGCGAGGUGGGUGGUCGGCAGGGGCGGCCCGGCUCUGGCUGCUGCUGGCUGCACGCCUGCCCGGGAGCCUUGCCCUGUCGGCGCCGGGCCACUGUCCCUGCAGCCACGCAGCUGGUCCCCAGCAGAGCAGUGCGACUGCUUCUGUCCCACAGCUGAGGGGAGAGGCCCCGUGGGUCGGGGAGCAGACAGGAACCUGGUGGCUAAGGAGAGGCUGGGCUCUUUCCCCACCUCCGUCUCCUGCUGCUGCAGUGUGGGCCCCUGCCCAGAAUCCGGCUGCUUGCUCGCCUACCUGUCCUCCAGGGCCACAGUCCUGGCCUUUUAAGGCCUCCUGACGUCGGCUCCUCCUCCGACGGGUGAUGGGUGGUUUGUCCUCGUGCCCAGUGGGCAUGGUGGCCGGCCGGGAAGUAGAAAGCUCGGGCUGGCCAAGCGGCCUCACCGCCCGCGCGGCCUUGCCCCUUGGGUGGUCAGGAGGGCCUGCCGGGAUGACGCUAGCUUGACAUUCCAUGCUGCUGGCUUGGACAUCGGCGCUAGGCCCAGGGGGAGGGAGCCUGGCAAACAGCCAUGUGGUCUGGGGACAUGGGGCGGGGGCACAUUAAGGCAAGGAGCCAUUGCUGGGAUGGAGGCAGGGACGAUGGGGAGGGGGACCCACACAUCUGAAGAAGACCCAGGGUGGGCCCAGCUCUCCAUCCUGAAGGCUUGGGACGACUCCCCCCGACCACCACCACCCUCUACCCUUGUCCCUGGAGCCCAGCACCCUCCGGCCAAGCUCCCGCCUCAGCCCCCAUCUCCCCCCACCCCAAGCAAGACCACCUUUCUUCACAGUCACUAUUUAUUCUUCGUUCCUUCUUCUUUUUGUAAGAAACAGUCACAAAAACCAGUGCAAAACCAUCA